GGCGGAGGCAGGACAGAGGAGGAGGUGGAGGAGGAGAAGGAGGUGGAGGAGGACUCGGUUUAACACUCAGACUGGACACACAGCAGCGGUUUGUUGAUGAGCCACGAUGGAGUCUCACAGCCUGAGCUACAUGCAGCAACACAGUCCCAGAGGCAACCAGGAUAACUUGUUUGGAGUCAAAGUCCAGAUCCAAGGGAUUAAAGGUCACCCCUUUGUAGUUUUGAACAGUUCAGGUCAGGAGAGUCACCGGGACAUCUCUGUGAUCACUCACCAGGCAGGGUACAAUCCAGGCAUAGUGAGGAGGUCUGUGGAUGGAAGACACUCCCCGUCUGAGUUACAGAGGACUGCAACCUCCUCCGGGCUUCAUUAUCAGAAACACCCAGAGAUUCUGAGACCUUAUGACCCUGAAAAUAAUAACCUGAACCGCCUUCCUUCAGCCGCUUUACUCGCACAACCUGGACAGUUAAACGCCAGCGUUCGUCCUGAGACAACCCAGACUGCUAAUGGGAACAAACCCAGGAUCCCUCUGCCUGCUGAAGGCCCGGAGGGAGACGAGAGUGUCUUGGCCCAGAACAAGGUGCUUCCCUCAAGUCGACAACUCCCUGCAAGGUCACCAAACUCUGUGGAGACAGACUCCAUCUUGUCUGUAGGAAAGCUAAUAAGCCAGUUCAACAGCAGCCAGCGGAGAGGAAGGGGAGGUCCAAGAAACAGAUUGGACCCAGAGCAGUGUCGGAGGUCACGAAGCGUGGACAGCGCUCGAACUUCAGACUCCUCGUGUUCAUCCUCUUCCUCCAGCAGAGCCUCGUCUCUGAAGGGCAUCAGGGGUGAGACCCCAGGUGGGAUAUAUCCUCCUGGGUCAGCCAGGGCUCGACUCCUCAGCAGUGAAGCCUCUUUGGCGAGCAGAGGGAGGGAGGAGAACAAACCUAGCACACUGCUUAAAGGACAUAACGGAAAAGAGACGAUUCCUUCACAUGCUGCAAAACUGCUUCACAGAGCAGAGAAACCCUCUAUUUCCAGAUCAUGUAGUGACCAGACCGAUGACUCUGAUGAAAGAGAUACGCAGGUCACUCCUGAUCUUCUGAAAGGGCAGCAAGAACUCUCAGUAGAUCCACCUGAAGACACAACAAAACAAAUACUGUUCACUUACCUCAAGGAUGGGACAACUGAUGACGACGCCACCACUCAGAAAAAAGUUGCCUUGCUGCUUGAAAGGGUCAACAAGAUCAAAUGGAGGACUGCUGAAAAUGUGGAGGAGGAGGAGAAAGACUGUGAAGCUGAGGUGAACCUUCUACAGGAGAAACAUGCAGCACUGGAGAAAGAAGUGCACGACCUGAAGCAAAAACUGGAAACCGAGAUGAAGAAUGAAAAGACUCUAGCCAAGGCUUGUGAAAAGGCCAGAACUGAGAAGAAGAAGCUUGAGGAAGAGCUGGCCAAAAGUCAGGAGGAGCUCUGCAAACUCAGGGACAGACUGGCUGACGUUGAGGCAGAACUUCAGUCUACCAAACAGGAGCUGAUUCAGAUGAAGGUAGACCGAGGCAGAUCUAAGACGGAGAUGAAAGACCUUCAGCAGCAGCUCUCUGAGAUGCACGAUGAGCUGGACCAAGUCAAGAAGGCAGAGGUGAUAAAUACAGAGAAAGAAGUCCUUCUGAAGGAUAUGGCGCUGCUGCGUUUGGACUUUCAGGAGAUGCUACAGGCGAAGGAGGAGCAGGAGGAGGUGUUGCACCACAAGGAGAGGGAGCUCAAUGCCCUGAAGGGGGCACUCAAAGAGGAGGUGGAGACACAUGAUAGCUACAUAGCUGCUCUGAAGGAGGAAUAUGAAAUUGAUCUUGAAAAGCUGCUCAGAGAUUUAGACCACGCUAAAGAGAGCAAUGCUGUGCUGGGUCAAGGGAAGGUUGAAGCAGAGGAGGACAGAAGUGCAGCUAAGGUGCAAUUAAAGGAGCUAAGCCAGGAGAGAGAUCAGCUGAGAGGGAAGGUGCAGGAGCUGAACAACAAGGUGGAUCAGCUGAGUCAUGCUAUCCAGGAGUGUAAAACCACAGAGAGACUGCUGGAGCAGAGAGCAAAGCAGCUGGAGAGGGAAAAGCAACAGGUUGAGGAAGCGCUGAGAGACGUGAGGAGGAAUGAGGAAGAGAUGUGUCAGUCUAACCAGUCGCUGCUCACGCGCUUGGAGGACGUCCAGGGUAAGUUGACCAAGCUAAACCAUGAGCACAGGGACCUGAAGGAGAAGCUCAAGGAGGAGAGGAAGCAAAUAGAGGAGCUGUGGAAGACAAAGACUGAACUGGAAGAUGAGAGGAGGCUGCAGGACAGAGCUGUGGAGCAACUGCAGAGGAAGAUGAAUAACAUCAUGGAGGAGUGCGAGGCGUCCACAGAUGUACUUCAGAACCAGGUCGAUGAGGCAAGGGAGAAAAAUCAGAGGGAGUUGGACGAGCUUCGUCGGCAGCUGCAGGAAAAGGGAGCAGAGCUUGAGAAAUCCCGACAGGCGGCCAAAAAACUGCAGGAAGAGCUGCUUCCUCUGGAGGAGGAUCUGCAGCAGUGUCGUGGGGAGCAGCAGGAGGCCCUGCUGAGGGGUCGGCAGCUGGAGCAGAGGGUGGAGGAGCUGGAGGAGAGGAACGCAGCCACGGUGGGGGAGAGAGACCGGCAAGUCAAACUCAUGGAGGGACGCAUCAGUCAACUCGAAGAAGAUCUCAACGAUGAGCGAUGCAGUGCAGACCGCCUGAUGGAGAGAUUAGAUAAAACCAAAGUGCAGAUGGAUCAGAUAAGGAACGACCUGAUGCAGGAGAGAGCAGUCAGACAGGACCUGGAGUGUGACAAGAUAAGCCUGGAGAGACAGAAUAAAGACCUUAAGAGCAGAGUCACUCAUCUGGAAGGAUCACAGAAGACCAACCAGGACUCACUCGUCUCCAAACUUAACAGCCGCAUCCAGGAACUUGAGGAAAGGUUGCAAGGAGAAGAGAAAGACAACAACAACCUGCAACAAGCCAACCGCAAGCUGGAGCGCAAAGUGAAGGAGAUGAAGAUGCAGUGGGACGAGGAGCACAUAAACCUGCAGAGCGAGAGAGACCAGCUGACUCAGAGGCUGAAGACGGCAAAGAGGCAGAUGGACGAGGCGGAGGAGGAGAUCGAGCGUCUGGAACACGCUAAAAAGAAGCUGCAGAGAGAACUGGAUGAGCAGAUCGAGGCCAACGAGCAGCUUCACGGCCAAUUGAGCGUACUGCGGAAUGAGAUGAGGCGUAAGAAGAAAUCACCUCCCCUCAUUAGGGUUGUGGAGGACGAUGUGAACAACAUGGAUGAGUUUGGAUCUGAGUGACUUUUGAUAAAAAACUGUGAUUUCUGGACUUUGUUGAAGAACGUUGGACUUGGACUGUGAAGAAUCCUUCAUAUCAUAAUUUAACAAAAUUCAUUAACAGCUCAGGUGUGAUUUCAUAAUGUUUCCAGCUGUGAGACCAGCAUGGCACCUUGCCAGUGCUGACCUCUUGUGGCAACAUGUAUAACUACAAUAUCUGACAAACUUGUUUUACAAUGCAACCAACAAACUGGCUUAUUUACCUGCAUUCAAAUUGAUUAAUUAAGUUAUUCCCUUGCGGUGUGAGUUAAUAUGAUGCGAUCACUGAUGAAUAAAUGUAUUAAAAUGUGUUCUCAACAUUCGCUCACGCCUCUAGAAACCCUAAAACUCUUGCAAUAAAUUCAUCUGUAUGAUGUUUCUGUAAAGUUUGUAACAAAUAAAUGGGAACAUCUGAUGUGCAAUACAAAUCACACCU